AGUUCUUGACAUUAGAACAAAAGAGGGCGGGUACAUAAAUUUUUAUGGAUUUCUGGCAUUAGACGUCAAGGUGUUGGUUGAUCUUUGGAUCAGUUGGCAUUGGAAGACAGGAAACAGGAAAUCAUUCCAAGGUUUGUGCUCACCUCCCGGAAGUGAAUAUUGUUGGUUUUGCUCCCCAAAGGUCAAGAUCUACAGGAACGUCCGUCACGAGUUUCUCAAUUGAUUCCUUGCAAUUCCUCGGAACGUGCUAGCCUUUGAACGACCAACCUUGGUUAUCUUUUCGGAGAGCACUCAAGCUUAAAAGUCAUGGAUUCAACUGAUUGGGGAGAGCGUUUCCGAAAUUGCCUGAAAAGUGAAGAACUAUCCCUUUGUUACGAGGCAUUUCAAAUCUUUGACAAAGACGGAUCUGGCGCCAUCGAUGCCAAGGAACUUACGUCUUUGCUACGUUCCAUGGGACAGAACCCAACUGACAGUCAAGUUCAUGACAUGAUCAACGAGAUUGACGUGGAUGGCAGUGGUGUGGUUGAAUUUGAGGAGUUUGUCAAAUUCAUCACUCGGCUAAUGAAGAACAUUGACCCAGAAAACGAAGUCCGUGAGGCCUACCGAAGAUUUGAUCCCGAUAAUGAGGGCGUCAUCCGAGUGGAAGAACUUCGCUUUGUUCUCAGCAAUUUGCCCGUGAAGCUCAGUAAGGCGGAAAUCGAGGAAAUGAUACUGGCUGCCAACCCUCAUCGCGAUGGACAGAUCACAUUCUCUGACUUCAGAAGAUUGAUUGGCAUCUAAAGCCUCUCGGAUUAUGUAUUUCCGAUACACCAAUUGUUGCUUGGGAUCUUGACACUUCUGAGACAAAUGGAUGAUCAUUUUCAGAACAGAGAUCCCAGCAUAUUUUUGUCGCCCACGUCAACUGUCGAGCUGAAUAAAUAAGACCCUUGGACCGUUCCAUGGUUCCACUGUA